UGCCGCACCGUUGCGUUUGUGUAUUUGUACCUAUUUUGUAAUGCUAUUUUGAUUUGUAUUAUUAGAUAAUAUUAACAAGUUAAUUAGCCUUUAUUUCUAUCUUGUUAUAUAAUAAUCUUAUGUUUUUUGUAAAACAGUGAAAAUGGCCAGUGGUUUUCGACUCCGUUUUCCCGCCGAUAUUAACAAAGGUGAUGAUACAGAUUCACCUACAAGGAGGGGUCUAAGAAACAGGAGCAAACCAAAGAAAUAUGGAGAAUUUCUUGAAUUAUCACCAACGAAACGCAAGUUCCCGUCGGAAGAGAUUAGUUCUGAAGAUGAAAAUUUUCAUGUGGAGCAAGAUUUACAGAAGCCUACAGCAUUAUUCAGCAGCGAUGAUGUGGAGGGCCAAGACAUGUUCAAAUUUAAAUCCCGCCACACAAAGUAUGAUUUACAGAAUAUGGUGAAAUCAGCUAUCAGCAAUUCUCCGAAGUUAGAAUCUCCAUUGAGGACCGCAAAACGUAAUUUAAUGAAAGUAAGUGAGGCCACACCAAAGCAUGUGAAGGAUAUAAUAAAGAAAAGAAUAAUACGUGAAGUGGACAGUGACAGUGGAGAUAGUGAUUUUUCAGGUAGCAGCAGUGAUUUUGUACCGGAUGGAAGUGACCAGGAAGAAUCCGAUGGUUCAGACCAAAGUGCUUCAGAGGAGGAGACACAAGAACCAGAUAAGCCGAUGGAGAAGCAACAAUUAGUCAGGACGAGGGGCGGCCGGGCCAGAGCGAAAGAUUCAGAGUACUUCGUCACGCCGGACAACUAUUUCAUGAUGCAUUCUAGCAAAAAGAUAACAACAUCAGAUCAUACAUUAGCGAGGAUAAAAAAUCUCAACCUAGAAGACAAUUUGGACGAGGAAGAAAUUCAUAUUUCUGCAGAACAUAAGCAAAAACUAUUAGAGUUAAAUCAGUCAUACGAGCAUCUAUUUCAUAGAUGGCUUUACAUCCUGAGUGAAAACUUCAGUAUAAUAUUAUAUGGACUCGGCUCCAAGCGCUCCAUCCUCCAUCAAUUUCAGAUGAAUAUGCUGCAGAACUAUCCAUGUAUAGUUAUCAAUGGAUAUUUCCCAAGUCUUACCAUUAAAAGCAUUCUUGAAACUAUAGUAAUUGAUCUUUUAGAAAAUACUCAUGUGCCUUCGAAUAUAGGCGAUGUCGUAAAUUUGAUUGAAACCCAACUUAAAGAAUGCGAAACUGAAUUAUUUUUAAUCAUUAAUAAUAUUGAUGGCACUAUGUUACGGAAUACCAAAGCACAGAAUAUUAUAGCCAGUAUUUCCCAAAUCAGUAAUGUGCAUACAAUCGCAUCAAUUGAUCAUAUCAAUGCGCCAUUGUUAUGGGACCACUCAAAACUUAGUAAGUUCAAGUUCACCUGGUGGGACGUAACGACGUUCUUGCCAUACAAAGAGGAGACCUCUUACGAGAAUUCCCUCAUGACGCACCGCAGCGGAGCGCUGCAGCUGUCCUCGUUGCGAAGUGUCUACCAGUCCCUCACCUCCAAUGCUAAGGGCAUAUUCAAUGUUAUUAUAGAAUACCAACUUGAUAAUCAGAAGCAGACACAUUACCAAGGGCUUCCUUUUAAGGAUCUAUACUCGAAAUGCAGGGAGCAGUUCCUUGUGUCCUCAGACCUAGCGUUGCGAGCCCAACUUACAGAGUUUUUGGAUCACAAGCUAGUGAAAAUGAAGCGUAGUUAUGAUGGCAGUGAAAACCUCAUCAUACCUAUAGAAAAUAGCCUGCUGCAACAAUUUUUGGAACAGCAAAAUAGCUAAUUUAUUAUUAACAAUAUUUGUACUCCAAUUUAUUUUCACUAUUUAUCUAUCUUCUAUUCUUAUUAAACAUUUAAUUUAAAA